AUGAGAUUCGAGGAAUCUAUGUGACAUUGUCGGAACUACUGGAAACGCAGUCUUAUUGGCGAUAUAGCUUCUAUAAUGCGGUUUAUACGGACCAAGGGAUGGCGAAAACAACUGCUAAAGUAUUCCCUUGCUGGUCGUGCUUGUCGUCUACUGAAUUGCCUACCCAUCGAGACUUUAUGCCAAAACGAUUCUACCAAACUCAAAAAGCUUUUGCUCAAAAAUGACCUUCUGCGAAUGUUGAAUUUGGAGGAUAUUUCGUGAAUG